UCAUAUUGUAAGGUGAAUUGGGAAUAAAGAACAUCAAAACCAUUCUGGCCCAUAGGAUAUCUGAGUGCGCUCUUGUAUUGCGACAGCUUUAAUUCCAGAAACCAAAGGCAAUUUAGCUAGUUUGAAGGUUAUAUAUUCACAUUUCACUACAAGCCUACAAGUUGUAACAUCAAAGUAAACAAACAAAAUUCACCUUAUUAACAAUGUCGAAUAGUACCACGAGUUCCCUCUAUUUUCGUUUCAACAGGUUUAGAAAGUCAUUGUCCAAAUCUCGUCCAUCAUUUAAUCUAUCAAAGGUAAAGAAAACGCCAAGCAUGUCGUUGGCUAAUUUUCGCCCAAAAGCGGAGGAAAUGAAAAGGGUUUUUGACAAAUUUGACACUAACAAAGAUGGAAAGAUCUCACAAGAAGAAUACAAAACAGCUAUGAAGAUGAUGGGCAGUGGAGGAAAUACGAAAACUUAUGACGUUGGCGAUGCAUUUCAGGCUGCAGAUACUGAUGGGGAUGGAUUCAUUAAUUUUAAGGAGUUCAUGAGAGUGCAGAAUCUUGAAGGUGGUGUGAAUCCAACUGAUAUUAGAAGCGCUUUCAAGGCAUUUGAUUUGGAUGGUGAUGGCAAAAUUAGCGCAGAGGAAUUGUUGCAGGUUCAACGAAUGCUAGGAGAAAAAUGUAGCUUGGAGAAUUGCAAGAAAAUGGUGAGAGGUGUUGAUGCUAAUGGGGAUGGACUUAUAGAUAUGAACGAAUUUGUGACCAUGAUGACGCGCACCAUGAAACUAGUCUCGAGUCGAGGGAUCGAUUCACUCUGCCAGUACAUUAGUUUGUUAAUGUUUAUUGGCCUUAGCAACCGAAAACACAGUGUGAAAUCAGGAGCCAUAACAAUCUUAAUUUCCUUUUCAUGCAAAUAAAACUGGUCAACUAGGAAACUAAAACAAAUGAAGAAAUUGGGCGGAAAGGCAGAGGAAGGAGAACUUGAUUCUAAGAUCAAGUUGCACCUAUUUGGUGGAGUGAGAUUCUGUUCAUGAAUCAUUGUUCAUACUUAAAAAGGUAAUCUAUGGAAUAAAGUUGCAAGAAUCAACAUCAUUUCAAACCCACAAUAUGAGAAGAAAUUCAUAUUAUUAGGAUGAUGUUUCCAUCAUGAAUACCCUCAUCUUGAAUAAAAGUCCAAAAGGAAAAGAUACCUAUCAAAUUUUAUAGUUGAUUGAUUCCCUAGCACUUCUAAAGUUAGUGCAAAUUUAACAGCGAGUAGAGGAUAGAACAAACAAGGCAUCAUAUAUAUUGUAGAGCUAACAAACUAAAGGAGAACAGAUGGCAAUAAUGAGUUGUUUCGAGUUUCCAGUGCAGCAGCCAAAUAGAGAUAUGUCAGUGCAAGAAUUCAAGGUGUGGAUUAAGCAAUUCGACAUGGAUCAUGACAAGCGUAUUAGCCGCGAAGAACUAACAGAGGCACUUCAGAGUCUACACAUAUGGUUCAGCUCAUGGAAGGCUCGUCAAGUUAUGAAAACUGCUGAUACUGACCAAGUUGCACCAUUUUGGUGAAGUGAGAUUCUGUUUGCGUCAUAGUUGAUGCUUAAAAAGGUCUUCUCGUUAAUGAUGUUGAACGCUACAUUUUGUGUCAUCACACCAAGAGUUUGGCGAUCUAAUAGAUCUCAAUGCGCUUUGGACAUAUUCUUUAGUUUUACCCCGGUCAGAGGUAGGUGUAAUUUUUUUAUGGUACAAAUAAUCCUCUAUCUGUAUUUUUCAUAAUCCAAAAUCUUUGCCAAUGAACUUGUCAAUUUUAACAUUCCCUUAUUCCGAUGUUAUUUCUUCACAAAAAAUAUUUCUUUUUAUGUGAAUAGUGCCUUUGAAUAGUAACUGAUGGUAGGCUAGAAAUACGAAUUUUUGGCUACUCUGCACCGAUUAUUUGCUACACUUUAAUUGUAUUGGAGCUAAAAUAUGGAAAACUUCUACUCAAUAUGUAUUUUUUAUUGUGUAAGUUGAGAUUCCGGGCUAAGAUAAAUUUUUGGAGAUAAAUUGAAUCAAAAGAGAAUUUUAAAGUAUGAGUAAAAAUUUAAAAAUUAAGUCGGAAUCAAAUUCGGAGGCCGAAGGACCAAGUAGGUAUUUGAAUAGUGAAAGAAAUAAAAAGAGAAAGCAAUAGUGGAGGAACUAAUGGCAAUUCAAACAAAUAUAACAAGCCACAAUGGAGUAUUCUCCAAAGUCAUGACUAUGACGUCAUGUCCAAGAAGAGCUGCCAAUAUACUUUGUUAGGCAGAAACGAAUAGCUCUCUGUUUUUGUCCAUUGGCACGUCGUGCGGCGCGACGUGCCCGACGGCGUGUCAAUGCAAUAUUUAGGUCUGUGCAAUCCUAUUUCGACACAUUAAGGUUAUUUCGGUUUAAGACUAUUCCUAUAAUGUAUAAAUACACGGUAAACAUAUUUUUGAAGGUGGAUUCAACUUAGGAUAAUUUUAGAGAGCUACCACGACUUGAAGACACAACAAGAUUUUAUCAAUUCUCUUGCCAACAAUCGGUGCAAUACAGGAGUUUGUAUCGUAAAGUUGUUUUUGAUAUUUUCUAUGUUCUUAAACUUAUUUGUGAUAAUUUUCUCCAUAUCUAUAGAGUAGUUCUUCCCUAGGAUUUUGACAGAUAUGGUGUUUUGAGUGUUAUUUGUAAAUUUAACUCUAGUUUAAUUGUUUGAAUAUGUUUAUGAAGCUUUGAAUUAAUUGCGAAAUUAUUCACCGUUUUAUUUAAUCGAAAAAAAGAGAAUAUUUUGGUGAUUAUCUUUGUAUUAUUUAGUUUGGUUUAAUUUAGUGAUUCUUCUAAGUAAUCGAGAAAGCUUUUUGAAUUAUUGAUUAAACCAAGUUCGGAGAAUAUUCGAGAGGCGUUUUUCUAAAGACUAGUCCAUUAACGUGCUCUUGCAUAUUUUCACAGUGAUUCAUAUUAGUUUAUUUUGUAGAGUUCAGAUUUAAUCGACAGAGGAAUCUCCAUCUUAUGUUUAAGCUAAUUAUCAAGUAAAUUUGGGAGAAUCAUUAAAACAUUAAAAGUGAAUUUAAAUAGAGUUAAAUCUUGAAUAACUAUCUUACACCUAUCAUGGCAUGACCCUUAUUUCUCAUAUUGUUUACAAACCAUUUUAGUUCAGCUCUCGUUCUCUAUAUAUGAUCAGGUCUAAUUAUUAGCCGUCUUAAUUUAGUAGUUAAUUGUAGUAGUAAUCACUCCAACUCAAGUGUUGAUCACUCUAAAUAGCAACUAAUCCAGAAAUUACUCGAACAUUAUUUAAAUCCAAUCUUUGUGGAGACGAUAAUUAAACUAUAUUAUUUUUUACUA